CAUAAUUGUGUUUUGAUGUCAGUUGAUGUUUGGGCUGUCUGUAACUGUUUUCUUUCUUUCUUUAAUUUGUGAAGAUACACAAUGGCAGAGAGAUCUAUAAUAUCAACAUAGGUUGCUCAUAGGUUAUGAGCUGCACAGCAGCACUUAACAAGUGAGUUACUUGAUUGAACCGGUGCAUCGUAACCUGUUUUCGACCUUGCAUACCAUAGCCAAGCAGUGUAAAUCCCUAGUAGUAAACCAUAUCAAGGACCUAAUGUACUAGGUUGAAUAACCCAGUCAGUUACACCAACACCAGACACAACUUGUUGAUCACUUGUUGCUUUUGUGUGAAAGAAAUAAUUGCCCCUGCUUGUUGUACACCCUUAAUAGGUUCUUCAUUUACAGCUACUAUUUUGUGAUUCUCAACAAACUCAAAUGUUGAUGGACACUUUCAGCCAAACCACACACUGCCUGUCCAGAGGCACGAUAAGCGUAGAAGGACCUUUGCACAAACGCACUUUGGAUUCACAUCAAUAUUUUGUCAUCAGAUGUUGUCAUCAGUGAAUUGGUGGAUGUUGUCCCAUUGUAAACAACACUUUUUUUCAGACCUGUCAUUACAGUUGCCUUUCAGCCUCAGGUCAGGGAGUCCAAAGGAGGACUGGACUAAGCAAGUUGUAGCCUCUUUGUAAAAGGAGACAUGGGAUGGUGCAGAGAGGUCUAUGAAGGAGGGCCUGAGGACCUUAAAGUCUCUCUCCUGUCAACAAACAACAGACCUAGAUCUUGUCCUGUCCACAGCCUUAGUGAAACUAAAUGUUUCACAAACAAAAGAUUGAUUGAGACCACUGGUAGAGCAGUAUGCAAAUGACAGCAAAACAAAAGCAUGUUUACUGUGCUCAAAGGCAAAGGCAGGGGUUCAUUGAAAAAAGUAGAUGAACUUACCACAUUGGCUCUGUUUUAUCAAUAGAUGUUUAUGAUAAUGUUCUACCAUUAAGAAAAACUGAUUUUAUGUGGCUUUCCUCAGGACACUUUAUUCAGUAGAGAUACAGACUGGACUUUCACAUGACUGUUCCACCCCUGGUUUCCACUUAAUUGAUUGUUCCUGCAAUAAUACAUUUUUCUAAACCAACAACACAGUCACAAUGAAAACGUACAGACAUGAGAUUUGCGUCUGAAUCUGCACAAUUUCACACUGCAUAAUCAGUCGCUCAAAUGAAAUGCUUCAUAAGCUACUGUUGCAUGAGAGGACUGUGUGGUGAGCUGAAACAUCUGUUUAAACAGAGCCUUCAACCGUUAACUGUCGCCCUCCCCCCUCCCGUUCAUGGCCUGUUUUGAAACCGGAGUGGUGAGUCACUCCUCUCUCGGUUUAGAAAAACAGAUCCGGCCAGGCUGAGGCCCGGCGGGGGGAUGGGGAGGCCGGCUGUGGAUGAACACCGGAGGUGGACGCAGCUGGACUCCCACUCCCAAGGACCCCACAUCCUGACAACGGCCCGCCGUGUUCCCAUAGUUACCAGGCCUGAUAUGAGUGAGGGGGGGGCUCCAAGAAUAAAUUGAUAUGGGGAUUUUCCCAGCCAAGUAAUCGUGGGUGAGGCAAAUCAAUUGGCCAUGUUCUCCAAAAAAAGAGUGCCCCGUUACCAACUCUAAAAUGGACCUUAAACCUUAUGUGAUUACUUUGCUGCCUGUGCUCUGAUUUUAUCCAAGAGUGGGACCAAUAUGAGGUCAUUUGCCUAUUUGACUGUGAGAGACAGGUUGCCGACGAUCCUGACCAAAGUUAUAGACACAAUACAUCGCAACAAAAACAAGUUCUUUGAAGAAUAUGGAGAGGAGGGUAUCCAGGCUGAAAAGCAAACGAUAUCUUUGCUGUCUAAGAUGAGGAAUGAGUUGCAAACUGAUAAGCCAGUACUACCUCUGACAGACGACAUGCAAGACACAGAGUCCUGGAACCAGUACCUGCAGAGACAGCAGCAACUGCAAGGGGACCAGGAGUCCGUCAGCUGGUUUAAGUCUCCGUGGCUUUAUAUGGAGUGCUACAUGUACCGCAGGAUACAGGAGGCCAUCUGGCUCAAUCCUCCCAUCAGUGACUAUGACGUCUUUAAUGAAGUGAAGACUCAGAGCUUUUUUGAGUCUCAGCAGGCUAUGAUGGCCUUAUUUACAUACUUUGAGGGCAUCAACAAGAACAUGGAGGAACUCUCUGAGAAUCAGCUGUUUGAGCAUUUUAACAAACUGCUACAGGUUUCUCUAUGGGGGAACAAGUGUGAUCUGUCUAUCUCUGCUGGUCAAGACAACUCGCAGAAGACCAGUCCAAUAGAUUCCCUCAACAGCCUACAACCCUUCAUCUUGGUGGAUGACUCCAACAUGGUAUGGUCAACUCUAAUUUCUGCCCAGAAGCCAGGACAGCCAGGGGAAACCACUGCAGGCAGGGUCGAUGUUGUUCUAGACAAUGCUGGCUUUGAGUUAGUCACUGACUUGGUCUUGGCAAAUUUCCUGGUUUCCUCUGGCCUUGUCCGUGAGGUCCACUUUCAUGGCAAAUCCAUCCCGUGGUUUGUCUCUGACGUCACAGCCAACGAUUUUCAGUGGACCAUUCGGCAGAUCACGGCAGCCAAUCACAGGUGGAUGUCCAAGAGUGGUGUCCAGUGGCAGAGCUACCUGAAGGAGGGUGUGUGGUCCUAUCAUGACCAUCCUUUCUGGACACAGCCCCAUGAGUUCUGUGACAUGGCAGCUGAUGCUCCUGACCUUUAUGCAAACCUGCAGGGGGCAGACCUGGUGCUGUUUAAGGGGGACCUCAACUACAGAAAGCUGACGGGGGACAGGGACUGGGAUCACACAGUGGGCUUCGUUACUGCCCUACGAGGUUUUGGACCUGCGCCACUGUGUAGCCUGAGGACUCUUAAGGCCAACAUUCAGGUCGGGCUGCAGCCGGGCCAAGGGGAGAAGCUCACCUCCCAAGAUCCAGACUGGAUGACCAGCGGCAAGUACGCUGUAAUUCAGUUCUACAGCCCAAAGUCAGAACUGUAAGACUGAAUUCAGGAUCUCACUGGGAACACAUGGAUUCAUAAGAACAUCACAGUAAGAAGUACCAUAAGCAGGAAUUACCUUUUAAGCCAUAAGACCAUUGAGGUACAUGAGGUUGUUAAAUGGUGUGUUAUUUCCUCACUGUCAGUUAGCACUUCAUCAUGUUUGAUACAGAAACGCACAGUAACAGUUAAUAAUUAUUUUCACUACAGGUUUGUACCAUGUCAUACUUAACAUCUUAGCACUUUUAGAUCUAAAUGUUUCCCCAUGAUUUGAACAUAACAAUUAUUUAAUGUUGACAAAACUAUCCUCGGAGGUAACAAAUCAAUGUUGCCUUUUUAUCGCUUAUGUGUUGUGCAUUUUAUUGCAGAUAGCUUAUGUGUUGUGCACAAUGUAUGAAGUCAUAAUGUUUACAGGUGAAUAGAGAUGCUGUUAACACUUAUUGAGGAAGAAUUGGGCUUUAUAAAUCUCCAUCCCAGAGCAACAAUACUUUGUUUUUGCAUGCAGUUGAGGAGAGUGAUGAUAAAUGUAAUAGUUAUUUUUGUUCAGCUCAGCUCAGGUUGUUUUACUGUUGCACUCAGUGUUAUUGAUAUGCAUGCAUCAAAACAUGCAAAAUAUUUACCUAAGGCAGAUCAUAACUGUUUUGGUCAGUUUCAAAGAUGGUAGACUGUUAUUGGGGCAGUGUAACGAUAUCAGUGACUACUCGUUUUGUUUUAAAUGGAAACCCAGACCUCUGUAUCUUCAUAGAAAAAAGUGGAUGUCUCUGUGCACACUGUCAUCUUAAUCCUUAAUUGUCUGUGUCAGUACCUCAGAGGUGAUGUUAACUGGAUUCUUCUCAGUGCUGCUGGGGGAAAUAUCGUUUUCACCAAUGGAUUUGAUUUAAUAAAGAACUGCAUUGACUAGC